AUGGCGGCCAGCUCGACGAGCCAGUGGACCCUGCUGCUCGUGCUGACCGCUCUUUUACUAUCGCUACUCGUGCUCGCGCAGGUCGCCACCAGCUACGCGACCGCAUACUUUGCCGCGCCGCGCGAGAUCGCCAGCUUCGUCGAUGCCGCCGACUCCUCCGUUGAGGAGAAUGAGAGUUACGACCGCGAUGUCGCCCGAGUCCCCCGCCUCGAGGACAAGAUCCGCCUCGGCCGCCUGCUCCGUGAGAUCCAGAAGGGCGGUGACGACCUGCGCGAGGAUCUCAACGGUCUGCUGCUGGGCGAGGACGAUCAGCGACUGAAGACUCUCGCUCGCCUACUCUGGGCGGCUAAGAGGAGGGAUCUCGAGGAGAAGAUGCGCAGACUGGAUCUGCUACGGACCCGCUUCCUCGUCGUAUACCUGGGCAUCGUCGCCGCUGGUGUGACGGAGAAAGCUGAGAAGGCGGAGAAGGAGAAGAAGAGCACACCAACGAGAGAUCCCGAGAAGAUGCGAUUUGGUCAUGAGUCGGCGAAGAUGAUGCCGCAAGGUCUUGCGGAGGGUAUCAAGAGGAAGCCCCCGCUUAGACGAUUGACGACGCAAGCCAUCGGUCACCACGACAGCGUCGGUGGGAAUCACCGGCAAGGGUGGGCUGGUGUUGUUCGAGAGUUGCAAUUGUCACCAUUAAUGUAA